AAAGCCAGUGAGUGCGGGGCCUUCCUCGCGUGUGCCCGUGAGUGUCAUCUCUCUCUGUCUCACUCCGUCGUUCCUCUGUCUCUCUCUCACACACAAACACACAAGCUUUUGCUUGCACGCGAUUGCAUCAUAUGUCGAUGUGGGGAAAUAGUCCAAUAUGACAAAGCGGUUAACGGAAGGCAGUAAGAUUGAGCAUGAAGAAGCUGAAACCUGUUAACACCUAAAACUGAUUUAAGUGAGAUAGACUGACAAUCCUUUCUACGUUCAAAGGGUCAAGACAAGAUGGCGGUUAUGGAGUUGGUGGAGUUCUCGGCCAUGACCACGGAUCUCAUCAACAACCUUACGGAAGACUGGAACCUGACACUACCGACACUUGCGCCCAACCGCACCCCUAACUACAUCAAUGUCACCUCAGAGCUGCCUAUAGAGUAUGCUCAGCCCAUGUACGGGUAUGUGAUGCCUUUCCUGUUGCUGAUCACCAUAGUGGCCAACACGCUGAUAGUAGUUGUACUCAGCAAGCGACACAUGCGGACUCCCACUAACGCCGUGCUGAUGGCGAUGGCUCUCUCAGAUAUGUUCACAUUGCUGUUCCCCGCCCCGUGGCUUUUCUACAUGUACACGUUCGGCAACCACUAUAAGCCUCUUACCCCAGUGGGGGCUUGCUACGCUUGGGCCUUCAUGAAUGAGGUCAUCCCUGCUCUCUUCCACACCGCCUCCAUCUGGCUGACCCUGGCUCUCGCUGUCCAGAGGUACAUAUACGUAUGCCAUGCACCAGUAGCCCGCACAUGGUGCACUAUGCCACGCGUGCUGAAAUGCGUGGCAUGGAUAGCCGUCCUCGCAACCCUGCACCAGUUCCCCAGGUUUAUUGACAGAGUGUACGAGCCACUGACAAUCUCUUGGCGUGGCCAGGACGCAGUCACAGUUUGUAGGGAACGUUUCGCCUACUGGGUGGAGCAUUGGUUGUCUCUUGACGUCUACUUCACCGUGUAUUUUGGGUUCCGUGUGAUCUUCGUGCACAUGGUUCCCUGCAUAUGUCUCGUGGCGCUCAACGUUCUGCUGUUCCGGGCCCUACGAGACGCCCAGCUCAAGCGUGACAAACUGCUCAAGGAAAAUCGCAAGAGCGAGUGCAAGAGGCUAAGGGACUCCAAUUGUACCACGCUCAUGCUCAUCGUCGUCGUCACUGUCUUCCUAUGCACGGAGAUCCCGCUCGCUGUUGUAACGAUUCUCCACGUGAUAUCCAGCAGUAUCAAAGAGUUCCUGGACUACCAUGUGGCCAAUGUGCUGGUGCUCUUUACCAACUUUUUCAUCAUCGUCAGUUACCCCAUCAACUUCGCCAUCUACUGCGGUAUGAGUCGACAGUUCCGGGAGACUUUCAAGGAGCUGUUCAUCCGGGGAGCGGUUCAGGUGGCUCGCCGCAACGGCGGUGGCAGUUCUCGAUACUCGCUCGUCAACGGGCCUAGGACUUGCACAAACGAGACUGUUUUGUAGUGUGACCGUUCCGUAUGAUCAGGGCUCAGUGCCUAAUACCUCACUUGAACUGACUUCUAACAUAUCUGGAUGCUAAGAGCUAUGUAUAGUCUCAUUACAGACUCCAAGAGGAACUGAGGAAAAGUACCUACUGUAUUGAAGUUACAUUGUAGAAUUUGACAAUCUAGAGUUUCUGCCUUUUAAAAGAUUUUGCAUUGCUCUUUAUUGUUCCUGUAUUGCAUUAUUGUAUUGGUCUUAUUGCUGUAAUUAAAAUGCGUUGUUUAUUCCUCAAUCAUUUUCUGAUGAAUGAAUACUCAUUUAUUUUUUUAAUUCAAUUCUCUUUGUCUGUAUAUAUUUGUUAAUGUAAUUUUACUGUACUUAAUGUUUUCUAUGGAUACUUGUGUGUUAAAUAAAAACUCAUGUGUGCUUGUUUCUACGUAUAACGAAUCAUAAGUUAUUGUCGUCUACUAUAAUCGUUUAAAUUAGCAUUAUUAUUUAACGUUAUAAAUAUUUUUUAUAACAAGUAAUAAACAAGAUUUUUAAAUAAGGGUGGUUAUUGUCAAAUAAUUUUAUUAUUUAGUAUAACUAUUUUAAGCUCAGUACAGUUUUAUUUAAGUCCAGCAAAGUUUUAAUAUAUAAUUGAAAACCAUUAGCUGUUCUUAAAAUUUAAUUUUUAUUAUCAAGAAUUUUUUUAUACAAGAGUUUACUUCAAAAGUUGUUGAAUUUCCAUUUAAUGAAUAUCGGUGUAACAUGUUAGGUUGCAGCAUUUUGUGUACAAUUUAAAAGGCAGUGAACUCUGAUGAGUUAAUUACCUCACCUUCAUAAACGAAAUGAUAUUAAAAGACAAACAAAUUAGUGUAAGUGUUAUAUUUGGUUGCUGUAGAUGUCAUGUGGCCGACGGUGAUGGCGAGCAGGGGUUGCACCUGAGCCCCUUUGGCAGCCCCUCCCCCCCAUCGCUGAUACUUCUUCUCCACCCCUCACCGACAAACACUUCGUGUUGUGCAGAUCAGUAUAGCCACUCUGUACAAUCCUAUAAUUGCUGCGCUUCAACUCUUUAUAUUUUAAUAUGAGUGUUUAUAUUAUUGAUAUAGUGUACUUGAAGUCUAGGCAUUCGUUGUAAAUUGUUCUAUUGUAACGUUACUUCAGACUGUAAACUUUGAAAUAAAAGUAGAAAACUUC